AGGGACUUGAUUUAAAUCUGUGCAUUGCCGAGGGCAAGGAGCGGAGAACAUGGACAGAGAGAAGUUUCAGCAGAAGGCUCUGAAGCAAACUAAGCAGAAGAAAUCCAAGUCGGCUGAAUUUCUGAUGGUUAAAGAAGAUAGAGAAACUAUGGAAGGCAUUGGAAAUCCAGCUUUUAACAUGAGCAGCCCAGAUCUCUUAGCACAUCAGACUUCAGACAAGAGAGUUAUUAGAUAUGACAUGCCGGAUCACACCCUUGCAGCUCACCAACAAAAAUUCGGGCUGCUGGCCUCUGCUGAACCAAAAGGAAAUGAAUAUAGCAGAAAUUACUUUGACCCACUGAUGGAUGAGGAAAUCAACCCAAGGCAGUGUGGGAUGGAGGUCAGCAGAGAGGUUUCUUUAAUGGCUGAAGCACAGAAAGCAGAAUCAGGCGUGGAGAAUACUCCUGGCCUUUCAGAGAAACAAAUGGAGGAAAACAUUUGUGCAUCACUGGAUGAUAAAGCUAAACCCUCCCUACACUCUUCUCAGGGAAGCAUUUCUAAUAAAAUUGGUCCCUGCCCUAUGGACUGUGAUCUCAAUCUUUUAAAAGAAGACCAUGAAUUACACAAGAAGGGAGAAAGUCUGAUCAAUCACUCAGUGAAGGAAAAAUCAGCUGCUUGGAGAACUACAGAAAUUGAGGAUUAUUCAGAGGAUGCAUCUUACUUGGAGGAACUGGAAGAACACAGAUUUUCAGUUUGCUGUUCUUCUGUUGCUGGUGGUGCUGGAUCUGGAGGACUCCUCAAGCAUCUCCAUUUUGUGCGGGUGUCCGUGUCUUCAGAACUUCAGCUAGCUCAGUGGCGAAGCCAGGGCUUCUGGUACAUUAUCCUGCUGAUGGCUUCCCUCUGGUUCCUGAGUCUCUACCUGCAUUACCUUAGCCAGUGGCUGUUCCUCCAGGCUAUUUCAACUGUUACAAAAUUCCAUUUUUCCCCUUUCACGGUUGAGCUUUGCUACUCAACUUCCUCACUUCAAAUCAGAGAAGAGUUGCUUGUGGUUGUGGUGGGACCUUUAGUGUUGAAUGCAGCGAUACUUCCUUUGGUUCUGAUCAGAUGGGGCUGUCAGCUACUGUUUGCCUCCUGCCCUGACGUCUUGUCAAAGUUAAUCAUUACCAUGGGACUAUGGACAGUUCUAGACCCACUGGUAGUGUUUAUAGUGGAUACUGUCCUGGGGGCACUUAUUUUGACUUUCAUGAUGCUCAUGAAAUGA